AUGACAAGCCUAACCGGCGGUCUCCCGCUGUACACCCUCGAUACACGAAUCCUCGAAUCUGCAAAUACUGAGAGGCCCGCAAACCUCGGAGUGCACCGAGACCUCGAUGGGGUGGCUUUCAGAGAGCUAUAUGAGAUCGAUAGGACGGUUGGGGAGAUUAUAGCUGGCGGGUAUAAGAGGGUUGCGUUACAGUUCCCGGAUGAACUCCUGGCAGAUAGUACAAGGGUUUAUGAGCUUGUUUUGGAGGGGAUAAACCGGGGGGCCGGGCGGGAGUCUCGGGCGGGAGCUACAGGGGACGGGGGUGAAGCAGAGAAUGGAGGAGAAAAGUGCAGUGGAGAAGGAAAUUACGCUGUGGAUACGCUGCCGAAGCCAACACACAAUGGGGGAAUAGGAGCACCCGAAGAAUCGUCCGGUGUUGGAGUAUGUUGCUCUAAAACACCCUUAACCCCCCAAAUCACACAGCCCACCGCCGGCACAACUACUAUCAUCACCCCAAUCUCAGAGCCCAAGAGAGCCUUCAUCCUAGCCGACACCUCAUACGCCGCCUGCUGCAUCGAUGAGAUCGCCGCAGAACACUGCGCAGCCGAUGUCCUCGUGCACUACGGCCGCUCAUGCCUCUCACCCACCACCCGCCUGCCGGUAAUCUAUGUCUUUACCUCAAACCCUCUAGACCUCGCCCAUGCUGCCGGCGCAUUCUGCAAUGCAUUCUCGGACAAGUCACAAAGGGUGAUCAUAAUGGCAGACGUCAUAUUUUCCUCUCACGUCGCCCCCUUACACGAGAUCCUGCGCGAAAUGGGGUACACCAAUGUCUAUCCAACAGAGGUAAUACAUGACCCAUCAGCCCAAAUCCCCAACAGGAGUCUUCCUCCAGACUGCGUGGCGGAAGAAGGAGGGGGAGAGGAGGGAGAAGAAGGAGGAUUAAAGUCAUAUUCCCUCUUCCACAUCUCGCCCCCGCUGCCCUCCCUCCUCCUAGUCCUGACCUCCCGCGUCCACUCAAUCUACACAUAUGAUACAACCACCACCCCGCCAACCUGUAACCAAGAGACCACCUCCGUCCUCCUCCGCCGGCGAUACGCCCUCCUCUCCUAUGCCCGUAGCGCAAAUAUUAUAGGAAUCCUAGUCAACACCCUGAACGUGAAAAACUACCUCCCGGUGAUAUCAAUGCUGAAACGGCAGAUCCGGGACGCCGGGAGGAAGAGUUACUUGGUUGUUGUUGGUAAGGUCAAUGUCGAGAAGGUGGCAAAUUUCGCGGAAGUGGAGGUUUGGGUGGGCGUAGGCUGCUGGGAGCAGGGGAUUGUAGGGGGUGGUGUAGAAGGGAGUGGAAGAGGGUUUUUCAGGGGUGUGGUGACCCCGUUUGAGAUUGGAAUUGCACUUAGCGGGAAGGACGGGUGGGAGUGGACGGGCCGCUGGGUGUCUGAUUUCGAAAGUUUGCUUAAGAUGGAUGGGGAUGCAAAGUGUGCGGAGGCCCCCAACGGCAGAGAGGCAGAAAUCGGGGAGGAGAGUGGGGGGGAGGUAGUAGAUGAAGAGGAGGACGAGCCCCCAGAAUUCGACCUACGCACUGGCCGAUACAUAACAACCGCCCGUCCCAUGCGCCGAAAACCCCGCCCCAUAAAACACUCACAAGAUCCCUCCACCCCCUCAACCGCAUUAAUACACACCUCUAAUUCGUCAAAACAACUUAGCGGUGCCGUUGGAGGGGUAGUUUCUCCGGCUGCACAGUUUUUGAAAGAUAAGCGCUCUUGGAAAGGCCUGGGCAGUGAUAUAAGGUAUGAGGAGGAUGAGAGCGGGAAUGAUGGAUUUGGUGCUGUGGUAGAGGCUGGUAGGAGUGGGGUUGCGAGAGGGUAUACUGUUGGCGGGGAGGGGGAGAGGCGG